CCCAAAGACGCAGGCAAAACCGGACUCACAAGAGCAGAGGUCCUCAGACGAGUGAACGAAGAGUGUGUGAAGAACGGGUUGCCGCCCUUUUGGGAGGAGGUCGAGACCCAGAACCAAGACACGAGCCGAGAUGAAGCAACACUGGAGGCAACAGAGGAAGACACCGGGAAGGGCACCAAGACAACAAAGUGGAGGGUCUGCCACGCUUUCACGGCCCUCAACAAGGCGUCCCAAGUACCGCCGUUCCCACACGGGGACAUCGGAGCCAAGCAUCAAUUUGCAGCCGGACACCGCUGGGCAAGCGUGAUCGACCUCGCGUCUGGAUACUACGCGGUCCCCCUAGACGACGAGACGGUUCCCUAUACGGCAUUCUACGUCGAAGGAAGGGGAUAUUUCGUAUACCUGCGCAUGCCAUUCGGUCUCACAGGCGCUCCAACCACCUUCUGUGAGAUGGUAGCAGCCGCACUCGAGGACAUGAUUGGCCGGGAACUUGUCAAUUGGAUGGACGACAUCUGCCUACCAGGUGAUGUAUUCGAAGUCAAGUUAGCCAAUCUGAAGCGCUUCUUUACCAGAUGCCGCGAGAAACAGCUAUCACUGUCACCAUCCAAAACAAAGCUUUUCUUCACGGAGGUCUUGUUUGCGGGCGCGGUAGUUGGACCAGCGGGCUUGAAGCCGAACCUGGACAAGGUCGGUGCAGUGGUGGACUGGCCGGUGCCCGAGAAUGUGUCCGACCUCAUGGGCUUCCUCGGCAUUGCGGGCUACUUCAGGAAAAUGAUCCCAGCCUUCGCACGCAUUGCAGCCCCACUCACAGACCUCACGCGAAACGUGGAGGUAGCCCCACCAAGCUCAAACUGGCGUGUGCGGAAAGGCGACUACAAACGGGCCCUAAAGUCAGCGUCAAUAAGACACAAAUGGGGCGAUGCUCAACAACGUGCGUUUGUCACCCUCAAAUGCUUAUUAUCACAGGAACCGGUGUUGAAGACGCCCCAAUACGAUGGCCGGCCAUUCAAGAUCACGACAGAUGGCUCAGCAGAAGGCUUUGCGGGCUACUUGGCGCAGGAGUUCCCCCACACAGACAAGAACGGGAAGGAAUCAAAACGAUGGCACCCAAUAGCGUUUUGCUCCAAACGCACAUCGACGAGCGAAGCUAAGUAUGAACCAUUCUUACUCGAGUUUGCUGCCUUGAAAUACGCACUAGACGAAUUUGAAAUGUACACCUACGGCUCCCCCAUCGAGAUCGAGACGGACUGCCAAGCCCUGCGCGACACGCUGAUGCGGGAGAAACUAAACUCCCACCAUAGCCGCUGGAAGGAGUCGAUCCUUGCGCGCAACAUCAUCGACAUUCGACACCGACCCGGCAUUGAGAACCCGGUGGCAGACGCGCUAAGCAGGAAGUGGGCGAACCGGGACCGCACAGAGCAGGACGGAUCAGCGUGGUCGGUCCUAGCAGACUGGGAAGCACCACGAGGGGUCAUAAGGGACGUGUUUACAGUGGCAGACACACACGCGGCGAGUCACCCUCUCCAAGCUCUGUUUGCUGACGACCUAUUCUUUGCCCCGGUAAUCGACUACCUGCUGGGGUAUACAGUCGGGGAUUCGAUUGCAGAGCGCAGAAGACUCGCGCACCGCGCGGAAGGGUUCAUGAUUGCAGAGGGUAAACUCUGGCGAGUCGCGGAUACGGCAGCGCGCCGAGUAGCACGGACGGAAUGCAUCCCCACAGCGCAGGGCUUUGAUCUAGCGAUGAAGGUCCAUGCGCAGAACGGGCACUUCAAUGUGGAGAGCACGAAGCUCAAGCUCUCAGACCGCUACUUCUGGCCGGGUAUGGACACAGACUGCCGGUCGGUAAUACUCGAAUGCCCGCGGUGCAAGAGCUUUGGGGCCCCGACUCGUAACUCACUGCUGCAACCGAUCCGCCGUACACUUCCAUUUGCCCUGAUUGCAGGCGACUAUCUCUCGUUACCGGACGGCAAGGGUGGAUUCAAGAACGUGGGUCUCUACGUGGAUGUGUUCUCCCACUUUGUGUGGGGGACGAAACUGAAGUCGGCGGGCACCGCAAAAACGACCAUUGAUUCGCUAAGUCAUAUCUUCCACGAACACGCGGUGCCUGACGCUUUCAUGGCGGACGGGGGGAAGCAUUUUCGCAAUGACGCAGUGUCAGACUAUUGCGCCGCUAACAACGUCAAGCACAUUACGACACCGGCAUACUCACCGUGGGUCAAUGGCCUCAUCGAGGGAAGCAACAAGAUCUUGCUCAAGAUCUUGAAACGACUGUGCGCACCCGAUCACGAUGCAGACGAGGGGACGGUGGACCCAGGUGAUAUACCGAGGAACUGGCCAGAUCACUUCGACGAAGCGCUGAGCAUGAUGAACGACCGGAUCCUGAUUGCCCUCAAAGCCACACCGAGGGAGCUGCUAUUCGGACGACCCUUCACGCGGGACCAGGCCAUACCAGACCAGCUGAGUGAAACGACCGCAUCAGACGCGGACAUUCACUUCGCGAUAGCAGACAGCAUCCGCUGGACAGCACACCUCAGAUCGCUCCAACGGGCAGCACAACAGAAGUCCAGUUUCGAAGCAAACUCCAAAAUUGUCCACUUCAGGAUCGGCGACCUGGUGCAAUGGUACGAUUCGGAAGCGGACAACAACCGCCUCUCGGUGAACAAGCUAAAGCCGCGCUGGUCUGCGCCGGUGCAAAUCUACGCGCAGCACUUGAAUUCGUUCUCCCUCUGCAACCUAGAGGGCAAACCACUCGCCAAUCUACAAUUCGUUCAUUCGAGACGGCUACGACACUACAUCCCGCUACGUGAUUCUACCCUGGACCAGAAGCACCCGCGGGAUACGACAACGCCAGAUCCUACGACCCAGGACCUGGAGAUCGCCGCAGCGGAGGAACGGAUGGCGGAAGACGCGUGGAAGUCGAGUCUCUAAAACCAGUGGGCAGCUGGGGUUGCGUCGGGCGAGUAGGGCCGCAACUGCGGAGCCCAAUGCGUGGCGUUUCCAUUGACAAGACGGGGGGACAUGUCCGAGGACGGACAUCGCUUGAGGGGGGGCACCUGUGGCUGUGCCAGGAGUCUAGAGCUGGUCUUUCCUAGUUUAGACGGUACAUUAGUCAGACCACCGUUUUUCGGAGAAUACACCCACCUUCCCGACAUCUGCGGGCACCUGGCGUGGGUCCAAGUUCACACGCGCGUUCCAGAGGCGGCUCCA